AUGCCGGUCACUAACAGCGAUGUUCUGUUCCGACGCACGGGUCGGGUUCUUUACGCGAUGAGAGUGUGUUACGGGCCGUGUACUCGAGGGAGACCUGCGGUCGUGUUGCUGAGUACUUUUGCCAGUGGCAAAAAGAUGGCGGCGGUAUUCGAGACGGUGUCGUGUACGUCGGUUGACGGUUGCCGAGCGAGAGACCGUUGGCGGCCGCCCGACACUUCGCGGUCGCGAACGACGCGGAGGGCCGAGCGGUGUUGCCAACGCAGGGAGCUCGACCGACAUGGGGAGGGAGUAUGUGGCGAAGGCACUGGUUCGCCACAGGAUCAUUGUAAUUGUUCAUGA